AUCUCUCUGCUCCUCCACUGUUGGUGAUUUCUUCUUCUUCUCCGUCGUUAUUUUUUUCUUCAAUUUCAAUUUGUUGUUUUUUCCCCCCUCUGUCUUUCUCAUUGUUAAUUCUUAAAUUCAAGAGGGCAGGGUCAGGAUAAAAAAAAUACCACUUGUUGCGAUUGGAACCAUAGAUUGUAUGUUCAAGCAACUAUGGCGGCCUUUAUCUCCAAAAGAAUGCUGCGUUCGUUUCGUACUUUGCAUUCAGUAGGUCAACCUUCAUCUAACGGUGCUAAGUUCGCCGCUUCUCAUAGAUCACACGGUACUUGCAGUAGUUUAUACGGGGAAGGACUGUUUUCUGCAGAACGUUCUGGCUUUCUUUUGGCCAGGUCAAUGAUUCGACGGUUUUCUGCCACUAUUUUGACUCCUGGAGCUGAUGAAGGUGCAUUUCCAUCUGAAUUGUUGUCCACAAAGCCUGUGGUAGCAACACCUAACCGUACUAUAGGGCUUUGUCAGGAUCUUUUAAUUCCAGUGACCAACUUUCAUAAUGAAGACAAGGGCUUCAUGGUUUUAGCUGGAGAUGUUUUCGAUGUGCCUAUUAGGAAGGACAUUAUUCAUCGUGUUGUUAGAUGGCAGCUUGCGAAACGACAACAGGGAACACACUCAACAAAAACUAUCAGUGAGGUCAGCGGGACUGGGAGAAAACCUUGGAAACAAAAGGGAACUGGUAGAGCAAGGCAUGGCUCAUUGCGUGGACCUCAGUUUAGGGGAGGUGAAACUAAGCAUGGGCCUAAGCCCCGAAGCCAUGCUUUCAAACUGAAUAAGAAGGUUCGUCGUCUAGGGCUGAAGAUUGCACUGUCAGCUCGUGUUGCAGAAGGAAAGCUUCUUGUGUUUGAUGAUCUGGCGGUUCCGACGCAUAAAACGAAGAACAUCGUAAGCUAUUACAGUCAAAUGGAGAGCACCAAGAAAGUUUUGCUAGUAGAUGGGGGGCCCAUAGAUGAAAAGUUGAAAUUAGCUACACAAAAUCUACAUUAUGUUAACGUACUUCCUGCCAUUGGAUUGAAUGUGUACAGCAUUUUGUUGCAUGACACAUUGGUGAUGUCCCGAGAUGCUGUGAACAGUAUCGUCCAGCGUAUGCACACUCCAAUAAAUCGUUAAGGCGGUAACUAUACUUUUGUGCUUCCCUACAUUUUCUUGGAAAUUAAGAAUGGUAUCCGGUCCCCAUCAUUUCUUCUGUAACAACAUAGACAUCCAAUGAGAACAUCUUAUGUAGCUUCUGUUAAAAUUAUAUAAUGUAGGCAAGUUACAGCCAUUUUUUUACCUUUACUGAAAGUUGGAAUGUUAAGAACUUGAUGGUCGAAUUUUGAUUUUCAA